GCUGCACAUCGCUGGCUGGCUGCGCGGCACACGUCGCCCUGGGUGUGUCCACUGUGUCUGCUGGCGCAUAAGUUUGCACACGCAUGACGUGGCUCGCCAUCCUCGCCAUCGCGCCGGCGCUCACCGUGCCCAACGCAGCGCUCCGCGGCCGGCCGGCAGUGCUCCGCGGCGGUGGCGGCGGUGCGAGCGGCGUGGGCGACGGCGGCGGCCGGGACGAGCCUGAGGCCGAGCUCUCGCCCAUCCCUCUGACGAUCCUGUCUGGCUUCCUCGGCGCGGGCAAGACGACGCUGCUCUCGCACGUGCUGAGCAACAAGGAGGGCGCACGCGUCGGAGUCAUCGUCAACGACGUCGCCGCCGUCAACAUUGACGCAAAGCUCGUGGCGCGCGGUGGCACCGCGGCCGACGGCGCUUCGGACGGCGGCGGCUCGGACGGCCAGGGCUCGGACGGCCAAGGAGCGCUGAGCCGGUGGGGCGACGACAUGCUGGAGCUGUCGAACGGCUGUGCCUGCUGCUCCGCCGGCGACGACUUGCUCGCCUCGCUGUCCGAGCUCGUCUCGCUCUCCUUCACGCGCGGGGCGCCGUACGAGCACAUCGUCGUGGAGUCGUCCGGCGUCGCCGAGCCAAAGUUGCUGCGGGCCAUGUUCCAGGAGGCGGCCGCGCUCAACUGGCCAAUCAUGCGCUGCAUCAAGCUCGAGAACAUGGUCACAGUUGUGGACGCGGCGUCCUUCAUGAGAGAGUACGGGUCCUCCGACCUGCUCAGCUCGCGGCCAGACCUCGGGGCGGCCGAGGCGGACGCGGAGCUGGUGGAGGCGCGCAAGACUGGCGUGGUGCAGCUGCUGGUGGAGCAGGUCGAGACGGCCGACGUCGUCGUCAUCAACAAGGCCGACACCGCCGACGCCGCGGAGCUCGAGCAGCUGCAGCAGGUCGUCGGCUCGCUCAACGGGUUCGCCGCGGUGCACCGCGCAGAGUACGGCGCGGUGCCCCUCGCCUCCAUCCUCGUCCCCUCCCGCGCGGCCGGCGUGGCGACCUCCAACGACGUCAUGGACCACAAGUCGUCCAUCGACUGGGCAAAGUGGCUCGCGUCGCAGCCCCCGCCCGCCGCCGCGCCCGCCGCGCCCGCCGAGGAUGGGCACGAGCACAGCCACGCCGAGGCGCACGAGCACAGCCACGCCGAGGCGCACGAGCACAGCCACGCCGAGGCGCACGAGCACGCCGAGUCGCACGAUCACGCCGAGGCGCAGGAGCACAGCCACGCCGAGGCGCACGAUCACAGCCACGCCGAGGCGCACGAUCACGCCGAGUCGCACGAGCACAGCCACGCCGCCGACUGCGCCGACCCGGGCUGCACCGACCCGUCGCACGACCAUAGCCACGGCCACGGCCACAGCCACGGCGGGUCCCGCGAGGAGACGACGGCCGCACAGCGCUUCGGCAUCCGCACCUUUGUCUACGCGCGCCGUUCGCCGUUCGACCCAGCCAAGCUCGCGCGCCUCGUCUCCGACCUUCCUUUCCUCGCCACGGUCGCCGCUCCGCUGCGACAGGGCGCCCAAGACGCCGCCGUGGCGCCGGCGAGUGGCGGGGGGGGAGGCGACGGCGACGGCGGCAACAUGGCGCUCUUCGACCCGCUGCUCCGCUCCAAAGGCUUCGUGUGGCUUGCGGGCGAGGACGGCGUCGCGUACUUCUGGUCGCAGGCCGGGAAGCGGCUGGACCUCAAGGAGAUGGGCCGCUGGUGGGACUCGGUCCCGCGCGAGCAGUGGCCGCAGGCGCAUCUUGCGUCCAUCCUCGAGGAUUUUGAGGGCAAGGGCGGCGACCGGCGGCAGGAGAUCGUCUUCAUCGGCGCAAACCUCGACGAGGGUGCGAUCUGCGAGGCGCUGGAUGGCUGCCUCGCCGGCUAGCGCCGGGACGGCGACGCCGCGGGGCUAGCUGCGGGCCGAGUCGCGGGGGUUGCGAGCGCGGGGGCGCCUGACCGUUGGUUUUUUUGCCACACACCACAUCUCCCUAGAUCCAGAAUCCACGGCUGAUUGCUUUAUCCUUUAUGGUGGACGCAGAUGACCGGGCGAGAUGACAGUCACGCACAGUCCACAGAGGAGUUCAGGAGAGCUAGGGCCGGCCGGGGAGCUAAGAAGCGCACGGGUUGUUGUGCGAGUAUCAAAAAAGCGUCGAAAUGU